AUGGGGUCUCUUUUCUCUCUCAUAUUGAUAAUACUUUCAUCGGCAUCAUUGCUCUUGACGGAAGCCGAAGCCGAAGGGAUCAGAUCAGCUCGUCUUCUCGAUCUUCUCAUUAGGGACUACAUGGUGAAGUCUUUUGACAGGCAUUUGAGAACAGGCACUGUACAAACUAUAAAUCUACCCGCGAAUUUCUCCGGCAUCGAAGUCGAUACAGCGAGGUUUAGAUGUGGAAGUCUCUACAGAUAUGGUGCACAAGUUAAGGAAUUUUAUCUGGGGAGAGGCGUGAAUGUGCAGCCUUGUGCAGAGAGAGUCAUGGUAGUUAGACAAAACUUGGGUUCUAAUUGGUCAUCCAUAAACUAUUCUAAAUAUGAUCUUUCAGGGUACCAGCUCGUGUCACCAAUAUUAGGCCUCCUCGCUUAUAAUGCCGGCACAGAUGUGAGUUCCGGCAGCCCUUUCGAGGUCGAAAUUCUUGCGACGGAAAGCCCGAUCAAAAUAAACUUCAGCAACAUUACAAAGGCAUCCAACACGAGAGGAAUCAGGGCAUUGUGUGCUAGUUUUGAAGGGGAUGGCAAAGUUACAUUGAGAAACCAAGUGUCACCCGAUGUUUGUGUUGCGACAAGGGAUGGCCAUUUCGGUUUGGUCGUCGAGUUACCGCCACCGGUGCCGGUGAGGAAGAAGAAGAUUAGCAGAUGGAAAUUAGCUGUCGGAAGCUCCAUCGGAGCUGCAUUGGGUGCUUUCCUCUUGGGGGUGCUUUUGGUGUCGAUGCUUGUUAAGGCAAAGAAGAAAGCGAUAAUGGAGGUGUUGGAGAGGAGGGCGUAUGAAGAAGAAGCUCUCCGGGUUUCCAUGGUUGGACAUACGAGAGCUCCAAUAGCUCCGGGUACUCGAACAACGCCUACAAUCGAACAUGACUACACACCCUAUCCUUCUUGA